AUGCAGAUUUUCAGCCUUCUCAGCCGAAAUGUCGGCGCUUUUAAGACUGUCACACUUUGCGAGCAAAAAAUGCAGCAAGUGUCGCUUCUUCAGGCCCGGCACCUGGCGGUUCCCGGCGGAAAAGCGGUUUUCAAGAGAGACAAACCGCAUUUGAACGUCGGAACCAUCGGACACGUCGAUCACGGAAAGACGACGUUGACUUCGGCGAUUACUAAGGUUCUUGCCACCUCCAAAGGAGCCAAAUACCGUAAAUACGAGGAUAUCGACAACGCUCCAGAAGAGAAGGCUCGUGGUAUCACCAUCAACGCCUUCCACUUGGAAUACGAGACCGCGAAACGCCAUUAUGCCCAUAUUGACUGCCCUGGACACGCGGAUUAUAUCAAGAACAUGAUCACAGGAGCCGCCCAGAUGGAGGGAGCGAUUCUGGUAGUUGCAGCUACAGAUGGACCAAUGCCACAGACUAAGGAGCAUCUUUUGUUGGCCAGACAAGUCGGCGUCCCAUUGGAGAAUAUUGUAGUCUUCAUGAACAAAGUUGAUGAGGUUCCAGACGCGGAGACCCGUGAAUUAGUGGAAAUGGAUAUUCGAGAGCAGCUCAACGAGUUUGGAUACCCUGGAGACACUUGUCCAGUCAUUUUUGGCUCUGCUCUCUGUGCUCUUGAGGGAAAACAGCCAGAGAUUGGAGAGGAGGCUGUUAAGCAGCUCCUUGACGUUCUUGAUAACAAAUUCGUGAUCCCAGAGAGAAAAGUGAAUGAGGAACCAAUGUUCGCAGCGGAGCACGUUUACUCAAUCGUUGGAAGAGGUACUGUAAUCACUGGAAAGUUGGAGAGAGGAAUUUUGAAGAGAGGAGAUAAGAUUGAGAUUGUUGGAGGAACUAAGGAUGGCACCACAGUGAAAUCCACCAUUUCUGGAUUAGAAUCAUUCAGAAAGACUGUGGACCAAGCCGAGCCAGGAGAUCAGUUGGGAGUGCUCCUUAGAGGACUGGGACCAAAGGAUGUCCGACGUGGAUGUGUUCUUUUGCCACAAGGACACAAACACAAGGUUACUGAUAAGGUCAAGGCUCAGUUGUAUGUGUUGAAGGAGAGCGAGGGAGGAGCCAAGACGCCAAUUGCCAACUACUUCAGUGAGCACGUCUUCUCGUUGACUUGGGAUUCUGGAGCGAGUGUGAAGAUUGUUGGAAAGGACUUUGUGAUGCCUGGAGAGUCGGCCGAGCUAGAAAUAGUGGAACUAUCGCUCAACUCGCAAAUGUUCAUCGAGCCCCAACAGAGAUUCACCAUCCGUAAAGGAGCGAAAACCAUUGGAACGGGAGUCUUCACCGACGUCCUUCCACCGCUGACCAACGAGGAAAAGGACCCGAAAUCGAAGAAGAAGUUGAUGAAGGCCGAAAUGGAACGAUUGGGAUUCAAUCCGUACGGAGAGCUCGCUGAGAAACGUCUGAAACCUGACUUCUCCAACUCGCCAAAGGAUAAUCCGGCUGCCAAGGCUUUCGAGGGACAACCAUAA